CGCCGAUGAUGUUUUCCCUUCACCUCGCGCACAUAACGAGACAUUAUAACCCUUCGGCAAACCUCGGCGGAGUGACGUCUUCUGGUUUACGCAGAUUCGUAACUCAAUGACGCAAUCAGGAAGUUGGGAGAAAGUCCGAGCAUCCUCGGAGAAGCGAACUUCAGCUCGUUGGUGAAGUGAAACAAGAAUCUAGAGUACAAGUGAGUAGUCGACCAGACGUGUGUCCGUUUGCCACAGGGCCGUCGGUACCGCCUGCUUUCUCCGUUGGUUCUGACAAUGACGUCGGCUUUCCAGCUUCCCAACGAACUAUGGCUGCAGGUUUUCAGCUUUCUGUCCUGGAAGGACAAGCUGAGUAUGCGCUGCACAUGUUCUCACUUUAAGCAGCUGCUGGAUGAAUGUCGGCCUCUGUGGCGGGGCUUCAGCGUGGUGCUGAAGGACCUGUCCCGGUACAACCGCGCCUUCUGGCGGAGCCUCGCUCGGAGGCAGCUGGACAGCGUCGCCCUGCGGGAAGUGAGGAAGAGGGACCUGAAGCUGCUCUCUGUCUGGCUGCCUCUGCUCCAGGCCCUGAGGCUGGACAGCUGGAGGGGAAACGACGUCCAGGAGCUGAAGCGGUUCCGCCACGUACACAGCCUGACUCUCAGAGCCUGUUCAGACCCGCUGGUGAACCUGGAUUUCCUCCUUCCUCUGGGUCAGCAGCUGACCCAGCUCAGCCUGUGUAAUGUGCAGCUGGCCAGCCCCCCCUCCCAGCUGCUGGCCAGCCCCCCCUCCCAGCUGCUGGCCAGCCUCUCCCGGCUGACUCGUCUCAGGUCUCUGGUCCUGCACCAUAAUGGCUGUCUGAAGAUCCCAACGCUCAGAGGUGUCCUCUCUCAGCUGGUUAACCUCAACUCCCUGUCCUGGACCAUGAUAAACUACAAAAAACUGCCUCAUGACUUCUUCUGCCCGGCCACUGACCCAGCUGCUGGUGCCUCCCUGCAGCUGUCUGAGCUGCAGCUGCUGAAUUACGAUGCUGCAGUCACGCCGGAAGUUCUGCAACCUUUGGCCAAUCUCCGCAGCCUGUCGGUCUUCCACCUUUACUCUGUACCCGGACCCACCUGUCACCUGCAGACAUGGCUGUCAUCACUGCAACAGCUCUGCAGCCUGAGUGUGCACGGAGGGCACCCCCUGGUGGUGUAUGCUGACUUCCUCCCAUCCUCCCUCCGCAGCCUGACUCUGUGUGUGGACCUUCAGCCUGAGGACCUGCAGGUUGUCUCCUUCAGAGCUCCCAACCUGAGGCACCUGCACCUGGAGCCAUGGAGCUCCUCCUCCAAACUAGUCAGGCUCCUCCCACAGCUGUUCCCUGGCCUGAGGACGCUGGCCAUCAGACAUCAUCACGUGUCCGAUGAAGACUUCCUGGGUCUCCAUCAGCUCCAGCAUCUCAACACUCUGGAAGUUCUGGAUUCAUUUUACAGGCCAGAUCCUAAAGAUCCGUGCCGGGUCGUCGAUGAGCCAAGUUCUCGUCUGCUGCAGCUAAUCUCUGACCUGCAGAAACUGACCAAUCACAAAGUCAGAGUCCUCACCAGUUCACACAUAAACCUGCUCCCCUGUGGCUGCGUCUGACUAGAGACCAGGGCCAACCGCUGCACCAAAACCCUCUGACUGACCAAUGGAACCAAUCAGGCCCAGGUUCAGUCCUCCUUCUCAUUCUUGGGAUUCCUCCUUCUCAUUCUUGGGAUUCUGACUGGCUGUGAGGUGGGUGGGUUCUCAGGGGUACUGAUAUUGUGGCUCUGCCCCCUGUGGUCUUUUCCGGUACUGUCCACCCUCAGCUCUCAGUGGGUUUGAAGUUGUUGCCCAACCACUCAGAUUAUUCUUUACUUUGUGAAGGACAUGCAGUUUAUUCUUUAGUGUGCAAUGAAAAAGGAUUUCCUUCGGUUCUUGCUUUUUUGUCACAUUUUAAAUGUUCACAUCAUCAAAUGAAUUUCAUCAUAAAACAAAGAUGACCUCUGGUGACCUGUCCAGGAUGUAGCCUGCCUCUUCCAGUGACCGUUAGAGAUGGAGCUGUUUUCAUAUCAUGGUUUCAUUUAUUAAGAGAAAAAAACUGAUCUUAUGUGAAAAAGUAACUGAGGCUGCUACUAGGCAUUUGAGAUCAUGAACAGCUUGUUUAAGGUCAUGCCACUGAAUUUCGAUUGGAUCCAAGUCCAGACUUUGAGUAGGCCACUCCUAAACCUUCAGUUUUUUAUUAAUUCAGAGAUGGACUUGCUGGUAUGACUCAGAUCACUGUCCUGCUGUUCACCCUCAAUCUGUUAAAACUUAAAGGGGCAGAAUUAGGCAUUUUCCUGCCACAUGCUGCCAUUGUGUAAUAAUUGUGUUGCCUUCAGUUGUUGUAAAAAUACUGUAUAUAUCAAAUAUGUCUUGAAAGAAAUCUGACUUCCCAGUUUAACACUUUGAAAUUGGGCCUCUGUCUCUUUAAGAAGCUCCUGCUCUUCCAAUCCGACCCUUGACCUUCAGCACAUUGUUUCUGUUAAGCUGUUUACAGCCAUUUUAACAGCAAUGCGUCGAGUAGCAGUAACUAUGAUGAGCUCAGCAGACCCCAGCUCCACCAGGUGUUUGCUAAUUGCUGCUGCUGAUGCUAGUCUGUUGAGCUGAGUGGAAAUGGGGGGAUGCUUGUUUAAGCAUUUAAGCCCCCCCCCCUCCCCUCCCAAUGGUUGCCAUGGGAGAUUCAAGGAUUCCUCAAAAAUGCAUGAAAGCAUCAAGGCAACACUCCAGGUAUGAUGAGGGAAUAACAUUAUAAUAUGAUGUAAAGCUCAAAAAAGUUGAUUGCACAUAACACUUCCCCUUUAAGAACACUAAAAGAAGAUGUUGCUCUGCAGUGGCAGCUUUGGCCUUGAAACUCUCCAGGACGUCAUUCCUCUCCAGUCUUUCCCUUGUUGUUGAAAACCCUCUAAAGUGGCUGAAUUAAACCAAUUCCUGCAAAGCAGAGUGGAUCUAAAUUCAUCCACAGCCAUAACUGGACAUAACAUUCAUCACAAACACUUGAUGGCAGCUGUUAGUAAUAAGCGAAGGACAACUAGUUAUCAGGCCUGGUGGAGCUAACAGGGCCUGCUGGGUAUGAAUGGUUUUGGUUCCCUGGACAAAUGUAAUCAUCACAUGGAAGCUGCUUCCUGUAUUCACUCACAUUUCUUUGAUAUUAAAAUGUGAUGAAAAUGCAAAAGCAGAAGAAAUCUGAAAGGUGGCAGAGACUGAGUGAGGCAGCUGAGCGGUGCUGAGGUUGGCUGUCCCUUCUGCUCAGCGACUGUCUGCAUUUCUGACUGGAAUUCAGUAUUUUAUACCUCACUAUCAAUUUUUUUACAUGUUGGAUUCAUGUUAAUGUGCAUUUAAAGGCAUCAUUUUGAAAUUAAUAACUCUAGGCAGACCCCUCCGCCCCCCUGCUGUGACUUCAGAGUGACUUCAGAGUUACCAGCUUUGAUUUUAAAUUAAAUGAAUUUAAACACUAA